AUGAAGAGCAGGAUAUCCAUCCAGCUCCCCUCACCCUUUGCCCAAAUUCCCCGCCAUCCCAUCUUAUAUCCUGACCCUUCCCCCAUCCAUCCCCUCCCCACCCUCUCUUCCACAAGCACAACCCCCAAAACCCCCCGAAUCUCCAUCUUCGCCAAACGCGAAGACCAAGGAUCCCCCCUCGCCUCCGCAGGAAACAAAUACCGCAAACUAGAAUACAUCGUCCCGGACAUCCUCUCCCAAAGACCAAAAUAUCACUACCAUGAAUCCCACCCAACAACCCAACCCCUACCCGGUCCAGCAACCAUCCUCGUCACAGAAGGUGCUCUCCAAAGCAACCACACCGUUCAGGUAGCCGCUCUCGCCCGCAAACUAGGUCUUAAGGCCCUCGUCCUGUUGAACCGCGACACAGGCGGUGGGUAUAAAACUAGUUCCGCGCCGGGAUUCUUCGCGAAGCUAGGGAAUGUGCAAAUCAAUAAACUGCUCGGCGCGGAGAUACGCAUGUAUAAUGCGGAGGAUCCUGAAGCUACGGAUGCACAGCCUGUCCUGGACGAACUAGUGAAAUCAGGUCAAAGACCAUACUGGAUUCCCGGUGGUGCCAGUCUGCAUUCCCUAGGAGGCCUAGGCUACGCACGAGCAGCCUUCGAAAUCGCCGUCCAAGAAAGUGAAUGCCAACUCGGCGGCUCGGGUCACUUCGAUUUCAUAUUCGUCGCCUGCGGGAGCGGAAGUACCGUUGCCGGCUUGAUUUCUGGUUUCAAAUUACUCGAAAGGGUUCAAAUGAGCUCGAGCUCGAGCUCCGGCGAGAGUAGCUGGCCUCAAAGAUCACGGAAUAUCAUCGGCAUUCUCAACUCGCCAACGAAACCUCGGGAAUAUCAUGAAGAGCGGGUUCUUCGGUUUGCCAGAUGCGCGGGGGAACUCAUCGGUCUUUUAGACGUUGAGAAGGAAAUUACCGUGGAUGAUGUACACCUGGAUGAUCGUUUUGUUGGGGAGGAGUAUGGGGUUAUUGAUGAGGAGACGAGGAGGAGUUUGUCUAUGACGGCGGAGAUGGAGGGGAUUGUGUUGGAUCCGGUUUAUACGGCCAAGGUUGCGGCGGGGAUGAUGUAUAGGGUACAGAGUGAGGAGAUGGGCAGGUAUGCACAGACGAAUGGGUUGAAGGAGGUGAAUGUCUUGUUUAUUCAUACGGGUGGGCAAGCGGCACUGUCGGCAUACUUUGACCGGGUCAUGUGA